CUUCUCGGCGGCCGGGCGCUGCGCUCCGCGGCGGCAAGAUGGCGGCGCAACAGGAGGCCCGUGCGGGCGGCGCGCAGCCCGCGGGGCCCGCGGCCGAGGUCGACCCCCUGGGCCGCUUCACGUGUCCCGUGUGCCUGGAGGUGUACGAGAAGCCGGUGCAGGUGCCCUGCGGACACGUCUUUUGCUCUGCAUGCCUGCAGGAAUGUCUGAAGCCGAAGAAGCCUGUCUGUGGGGUGUGUCGCAGCGCUCUGGCACCUGGGGUCCGGGCCACCGAGCUUGAGCGGCAGAUUGAGAUCACAGAGACUUCCUGCCAUGGCUGCCGCAAAAAUCUCUACCUAUCUAAGAUCCGGGCCCACGUGGCGACCUGCGCCAAGUACCAGAAUUUCAUCAUGGAAGGGGUGAAGGCCACCACCAAAGAUGCGUCCCUUCAGCCCCGGCACGUACCAAACCGUUACACCUUCCCGUGUCCUUACUGUCCCGAGAAGAACUUUGACCAGGAAGGACUCGUGGAGCACUGCAAGCUCACUCACAGCACGGACACCAAGUCUGUGGUGUGUCCCAUCUGCGCCUCCAUGCCCUGGGGCGACCCCAACUACCGCAGCGCCAACUUCAUCGAGCACAUCCAGCGCCGGCACCAGUUCUCUUAUGACACCUUUGUGGACUACGACGUGGACGAGGACGACAUGAUGAACCAGGUGCUGCAGCGCUCCGUCAUCGACCAGUGAGCCCGCCCGCCCCGCCCCACGCCCCGGAGCUUCAGUGAUGUGCCACAUGUCCCGUGCGACUCCCCCACCGUCCCUGUCCGACAGACCUGGGCGUGAGCCGUGGCGGCAGACAGGGCCGCGGGGGGCGCGGAAGCAGUCCCAGUCUGCGCCCUCCCUGCCACCCAGCUCAUCCCCGGCUGCUCAUCUUGUUCCUUCCACGGUCUGGUCUUCUGUACCUCACCUGCUUCUGGGAGUUCCUGCUGCUUCGGUUCUCCCAUCCCGCCCUCCCCGCCAGGCCUUGUUUCCCUGCUCCUCCCACCCAGCCCUCACUCCUCCACUCCUCCAAGCCCACCAGGACUUUUUCUGCGUCGUGAAUAGCACAAGUGCAAUGGCCUCUGUGUCCCCCGGCCGGGGUGACCCCUAGCCUGGGUCUGACAGCAACCGCGUCUCUGCCCUGCCCGUUCCUGUGGCUGGGCGCUGGCGGCCGCUGCCGGGAGCAGAAGCACCUGCCUGGAAGCCAGACGUCCAUCCACUUGGGUGAAUGUUCUGGAUUUAGCGGCCUCUGAUGCUGGAAGCUCGGAUUGGCGAUGAUAUUUUCUUACCACUCCUGCACACUUAGUUAACUGGUUCGGUCUUAAAUGCCUGCAUGGUGCCUUUUUUAGGAUAAGGUGUAACCAUAUAUUUUUAGUGAGAAUAAGUGCUUCUAGGUUAGGAAAGUUAAACUCCGUCUGUCUGUCAGCCGAGAGAGCAGGGCCAGUGUUACUGUGUGGUUUUCAAAGGGGAGAUUUUUGGAUGACUGGUUCGUGAUUACUUCUCGAGUGGAGCGCCUGCGUACGUCUUAGUCCUCCGCGUGUGAAAGGGAGAAACGUGGGGACUCCCGUGGAUACUAGUUCUUUCACCUUUACUUUGGAAACUUGUGGUGAACUGAGUGUUGCUUCUCUGUCCCCGCUAGUCCUCGGGGCGCUGCCGCAGCCCCCACACUAGGAAACUGUUCUGGGAAGCUUUGGCAGCGGCUCCAGAAUCCGGCUGCUCCUUCUGUUUCACGGAUCCCGUGGUGCGAGGCCCAGAGCCGCCAGCCUGCCCAGAGCAGCACCGGGCAGGCGCGCAUGUGUCCGUUUCUUUUUUUAUGUCGGACACCUGUGUCUGGACAUGGCCAUGCGGUGGCUGGUCUGGGCCAGGGCUUCGUGUCUUGGGGCCCAGGCCUGCGCCCCCCCAGGUGGGCAAGGGGUGUGUUUGUUCUGUGCUGUGGCUCGGGAGGGCCCGUGUCUGAAGCUCCUGUCCACUGUCGUUGCUGUGGACAAGGCUGCACUGAGGGAGCCGCGGAGAGCGCGUCCUGGUCGCACCAAGAAACUGACUGCCUUGUGUUAAGUGCACUUCACGUAUUUCUAAUGAGACGACUUUCCAGAAAGUGAAAUUUGUUAUGUUUUGGCUUUUCACAGGUGAAAUGUAAAUAAAUUUCAUAACUUAUCCAGC